CUCUCCCUCUCUUCCUCCCGCUCCAUUAUUGCCCUCGCUUCCUUUCCCUUUCUCUCCCUCUCAACGCCAUUGUCAUCCUCCUUCCCCUUACCUGCUGUCAUCUAACCCCUUGAGCUCCUCUCUCUCCUCCUCUCUUCUCCUUCCCUCCAGAGACAGCCAGAUCCUGUCCCCCUCCCUCUCCCUUCACCACCCCCAGAAAAUCACGGCAAUUGACCGCUGACCAUCAUGUCGACGUGGGGUGAUUACUUCCGAGUCACCACCUAUGGUGAAUCUCACUGCCGCUCCGUCGGCUGCAUUGUCGAUGGCUGCCCGCCCGGAAUGGAACUCACCGAGAACGACAUCCAGCCCCAGAUGACCCGGAGACGCCCCGGCCAGAGCGCCCUCACGACCCCCCGCAAUGAGAAGGACCGCGUUGAGAUCCAGUCCGGAACGGAAUUCGGUGUCACCCUGGGCACCCCCAUUGGCAUGAUGGUGCGCAACGAGGAUCAGAGACCCAAGGACUACGGUGGCAGCACCAUGGACCUGUACCCCCGGCCCAGUCACGCCGACUUCACCUACCUCGAGAAGUACGGCGUCAAGGCCAGCAGCGGUGGCGGUCGCAGCAGUGCCCGUGAGACCAUCGGCCGUGUCGCUGCCGGCGCUAUCGCGGAGAAGUACCUGCGCCUGUCCCACGGCGUCGAGAUCGUCGCCUUCGUCUCGUCCGUGGGCAACGAACACCUGUUCCCCCCGACCCCCGAGCACCCCACCGCCUCCACCAACCCUGAGUACCUGGACCUUCUCAAGAAAAUCAGCCGCACCACGGUCGAUGAGUUCGUGCCAACCCGCUGCCCGAAUGCCGAAGCCGCCGCGCGCAUGACCAAGGUCAUCGAGCAGUUCCGCGACAACCACGACAGCAUCGGCGGAACCGUGACGUGCGUCAUCCGCAACGUACCCGUUGGUCUGGGAGAGCCCUGCUUCGACAAGCUCGAGGCCAAGCUCGCCCACGCCAUGCUUAGCAUCCCCGCCACCAAGGGCUUCGAGAUCGGCUCCGGUUUCGGCGGAUGCGAGGUCCCCGGCUCCAUCCACAACGACCCCUUCAUCGUCUCCGACGUCGAGACCCAGGUCGGCCCUAACACCACCACCAAGCAGCGCCUCACCACCAAGACCAACAACUCCGGCGGUGUCCAGGGCGGUAUCUCCAACGGGGCCGACAUCUACUUCCGCGUCGCCUUCAAGCCCCCGGCCACCAUCGGUCAGGCCCAGAACACCGCCACCUACGACUUCGGCGAGGGUGUCCUCGAGGCCAAGGGCCGCCACGACCCCUGCGUCACCCCCCGCGCCGUUCCCAUUGUCGAGACCAUGUCUGCCCUCGUCAUCAUGGACGCUCUCAUGGCCCAGUAUGCCCGUGAGAGCGCCAAGAGCCUCCUGCCCCCGCUGUCCAACACUGUGCCCACCCGUCCCACUCUGAGCACCAACGCCUAGAUUACUUCCGCAUAAAAGUGAGCUGCAGGGCCAAGCUCUGGUUAAAAUUAUUUUCAUUAUAAUCGCCUUUGGGGGAGGGAGUAUUUUGCAUGCGAGUUAGAAUACAGUGAUGUCACGUCUGUCAAUGCGCUUAAUGAUUUAUAUAUCGUUAUCUUAUAUCACUUCUGGAUAGAUUUCGG